ACUUUUUGCUGCAAAAGACAGCAGGUUGAUGAAAAUGUUUUAUUAUCUUCCAGAUCUUCAUGUGAACUACUCAGAAAGACUAGCUUUUUAUUUAUAGAUUUCAAAAGCCUGAAUAGGCUGCUCUCUCUCUCUCCCUCUUUGAAUGGACUGUGCUUUGUUUUAUCAUGCCAUAUUUUCACGAUUUGCAAGAUCUGAAAGAAGAGAAUGGAUUUUGCCAGAGGAGAUGAGUAUGAAGCGUCAGUACAACUGAAUCGGAAUUUUUAGAGAAAUUACUCAACAUUUUGUCUGAACACUUGAGAUUGAAAGGUAUUUUAAUUUUUUCCUCAUCCAAUAUUUCAUUGUUUUUUUUUUUGUUUUGUUUUUUACGCUACUGAGCUUUUUGACGUUUAUUUUCAUUUCGCGCGGGUCUCUGUUCUUUUGCUUCUUGCGAAUUAUUUAGUUAAAGUUGUAGUUUAUUGGUUAUGUUAGCGGUGGGGCAAAUGGACGGGUCUCGCCAGAGCGCUUUCCUACUCAACACCCCACCUUUGGCUGCUUUACACAGUAUGACCGAAAUGAAGACACCACUUUACCCAGCCUAUCCUUUAUCUUCCACUGGACCAGCAUCCUCCGCCUCACCGACCGCUACCUCCCCAAAUCCAGGUGGUAUCCCCGUUUCUUCCCCGGGGAUCAAAACGUCAAAUGGACUUUCAACUCUUGUAUCACCCCAUCAGUGCGCGAUCGCCACACCUCACGGAAUAAACGACAUCCUCAGUCGACCCGCGGUGGUCUCCUCCGGAACGGCGGCUGCCAUCGCAGCAUCUUCUCCCACUGGAAUCUUGUCUGGACUGCCCCGUUUCAGCAGCCUGAGUCCUCCACCGUCUCACGGGCUGUAUUUCAGCCCAAGUGCCGCUGCAGUGGCGGUGGCUCGCUACCCGAAACCUCUGACAGACCUUCCAGGCAGAACUCCAAUAUUCUGGCCUGGAGUUAUGCAAAGCCCGCACUGGAGAGACGCCAGAUUUGCAUGUUCACCACAUCACAACUCAGUGCUGUUGGACAAAGACGGGAAAAGGAAACAUACACGGCCAACGUUUUCCGGGCAGCAAAUUUUCGCUCUGGAAAAAACAUUUGAGCAAACGAAAUAUUUAGCUGGACCAGAGAGAGCGCGGUUGGCCUACUCUUUAGGAAUGACAGAGAGCCAAGUAAAGGUGUGGUUUCAAAAUCGAAGAACAAAAUGGAGAAAACGGCACGCGGCAGAAAUGGCUUCGGCGAAGAAAAAACAAGAUUCGGAGACCGAAAGGCUGAAAGGGGCCUCGGAAAACGAAGACGAUGAUGACGACUACAACAAGCCUUUAGACCCAAACUCAGACGAUGAGAAAAUAACUCAGUUACUGAAAAAACACAAACCAAACUCAGCUCUUAUUAUUCACACGUCGGAAAACGAGAGCUCGUAAAACGGAAACGGGCAAGGGGUUGUCAGUCAUUUGAGGCGAAAUUCCUCAAGAAGUGUCAAAAUAAUGUAGGCUACUGUGUUUCACCAUGUUUGAGCUCUGGUUUUGGUGGAAGGAUGCACAUCAGAGGAGCAUGCACUGUCGGUGGAGCUGAACGUGCAUCAGUGUCUGCAAUAGACACCUUCAACAUAAAGACAACGGUACUUUUUUGUAAAUUAACGGCGUGAGUUGUAUCGCAUAGGAAUUAUAUUACUGUGAAUAUUUAUGUGUAAAAUAUUUUGAAUUGUAAACAUGGCAGAAUUCGUUCACCCCGCUUCAGUUUAAUCUUUAAUUUGGACUUUGUGAUUUGCAUACUCAUAUCAUGAAUUUGUAUAGGUGAUUAUCAUCUUGAGAUUAGUUUAGUGGAUGUAAGAUGCCUCAGCCCUUUGAUCCUUAAAAAUAAUCAACAAUGGAAAUAUAGAAAAAUUACAAAAUUUACCACUAAUGGGAAAAGAAAUCUGAGUUUCAGUUAUAGCCUAAAUUAAGGCUCAGGCAAAGGAUUGAUCUGGCCACAAAGUGUAAAUAAACACCUAACAAUAUAUCUGUAAUAUAAUGCAUAGUGUUCGUUUCCCAAUGUUAGAAUGUUCCAUUAAAUGUUUUUUUCUUUCUUUUUUUUUUUUUUCUCCAUGAUUAAUUUAUGGUAUUUUAAGUUUGUAACAGUGUUUGAAUCCUGCAAAAUGCGUCUUGCAGGUUUGUGUGUAUUGCACUUUUAUUUAAUAAAAUGUUAAAUGUUAUUUUGUUUUUAUUAAAUCGCAUAUUAAUAUUUUGUCAAU